AUGUCCCUAGUCGCAGCUCAAACUCGUUCCCGGAUGGGGAUUCAACUCGUCCGAUAUCGAGGGAAAUACUACUCACAACUGCUUCAACCAAAUUCUGAUGCAAUUUCAGAGCUCCUUUCCACCAUACCUGCAGACAAUGUGGAGUAUAUUCUGUGGCUAAAAAGAAAGCGCCAGCAAUAUGCUGCCAAAGAGAAAUCACUUGAAGACUCAGUGUUCACAUUGGAUAAUGCUCGGACUCAUAGUCGCGAGUAUGUAACGCAGAAAUUGAGAGAGGCUGAACUGCGUAACCUACCGUCGACACUGGCACCGAAAUAUCCGAGCCAUAUUCCAUUCUUCCAAAUUGACCUUGACUUGCAAUUAUUAUCUAUCUCGCCCCAAAUCCACUUCAGCCUGCGCGAUUUGCCACCUGACACCGCUGCAUCCUCUUCUACUCCUUCCAAUCCCUCCCUCCUGUGGUCGCUUCUGCACAACGCGGCAAAUCACUCCAUCCCGCUCUCAUCCCUAGUGCUGGGUGAAUCGGAAAGCGACCUUGACACCUAUGAGCCGAGUUUCUCAACAAUACCACUUUCAGCAAACAGGUGGCUGGCCUCCAAUUCCCGCCUGCACCAGAACUUUUAUGACCUGGCAUUUUCCAACUUCCAAAUCGCGUAUUCCGAACAGUUGAAUCAAGAUUAUUUCAGAUGGUCUCCGGAUGAAUUUAUAUUUCGCGAGCUUGCAUACGCAAUCAUAUCUUUUGCAUCUGGGCGACUUUCCUUCCGGAUUGAAGAUUUACCGUCUUGCUGCGGAAGGCAAUACGGAUCCCCUUGGCCCUCGGAGCUGAACUUUGGAUACCAUUUAGCAGGCCACGCUCCGGGUUCCGCCCCCGAAGGAACACUGUAUUGGUUUGACAACGUGCUAGUCAGCCUGGUUCCGGAUAUUCCGGAACGAAUACACAUAUAUAUUGACAAGGCAGUCAAUUUUGGCCUGGAACAGGGCAAUCUUCCUUUUCAAGCCGUUUUGAUUUCCCUGUCAACAGUUGUGCUUCUGGAUGUGGAAAUUGACAAUGAGAUUCCCGUAGUGAAACAUACAGAGCCACUCAAGUUAUUUGAGACCUGCCCUAAGCCAAACGGUUCUUCGCCGGAGCCAUCCCCCAGCAGCUCGUUGGUCGACCUCCGGAUAACUUCGACGUAUUCACCUGCCAUUCCUCCACAACCAUUACCGCCUGAACAGGUAUUCAGUGUCAAGGAAAGCUUCACAGCCUUAUCAAAUUUUUUCACCACUGCCACACUCCGCCAUCUGAAACCCCAUGGCCCAGACACCCAAGGCUGCCUGCCAAGCGAACUCUACUACAUGAUUCUCGACUUCACUGAUAACGCCACUUUCCUCACAUGCGCUAGAGUCUCACAUCUCUUCCGGACGUACUGUCUCUCGAAAAUUCGUGUAUGUGAGAAUCAAAACGAAAAUGACAUAACACCAAGCAGCCUAAUAGACACGUAUUCGCACCAAAUCAUCCAGGUCCGCUCCCCACUUUGCUUGACACUGCAAAAUAGAGAAUCCGGCGAGCAGUCAGAGUGGUCUCCGUGGGACGAGAAGGAUAUUAUGCAUGGAGGUUCAGAGCUGCCGAAGUCGCUGUGUUUGGUCCCUGUGUUUGGGGAAUCGGCUAGACUUAGCCAAAGUUCGAAGGCGAUGAGUGUAUUCUGGAAGUCAUAG